AUGAUGCAUAAAUUUGGAAUUGGAAAAGUGGUCAAUUUGUGGACACAGGAAGUGAGGUACAACAUGGAAAGAUUCAAAGAAGCAUCAAUUAAUCGACGACAGUAUUCAAAUAAUGAAAAUGUGUUAACUUUGAAUGUACUUGCAAUUACAGUUCUUCAGUUUGCAAUCACUUUUGGAGGAACGUGUUUGUUUAUUUUAGUUCAACAGAUCAGUGAGUGGAUGAAAAGUCAACAACUAUUCUUAUGGGUCUCAAGCGGCAUCUACUUAGUUCUUCAAUUGAUUUGGAUGUUUGUUCCAGCAUUAUCACGGAAAUAUCCAUACAAUAUAAUCUAUCUAAUACUGAUGACAUUAUUUUCGACCGCUGCAAUCGCAUCGGAUGCAACCUUGUACAAGGAAGAUAUUGUCACUAAUAUGUUUGGUGUGUCGGUGACAUUAUUUAAUCUCAUUAUUUACACCAUAACUAUUCUACGAUAUGAUUUCACCAAAUAUUACCUCACAAAUCUGAUUUUGACAAUAAUUAUUGAUUUGACACUAUUAAUUGGACAGAGUCUUUACAUCAUAUUGGACAACAAUAAUACUGUACUGACUGUUGCUGGUGCAGUUGGUUUACCAUUCACACUUUUUAAAUUAUUAUAUGAAGUGAAGAUGGUGUUUGGAGGCGGCGAAUUUCGGUACAGUCGAAUGGAUUUAGUAUUAGCAGCUGGAAUUCUUUACAAUUGUUGGUGGAAAUUGUUUUUGACACUGAUGUGGAUAUCUUCGUAUUCAGGUUUGAAAGAAUCGAACUCAACAAAUGCAAAUUCAUCUAACGUUACAUCUUCAGUUUGUUUAAUAACUCUAACGAAAUUCGAUUGA